AUGGAAAAGACUCAUUUUACAUACGUUUUAAGGAACCAAAUUCAAGAUAUCUUCGAAAAUUACAAUGCUUCCAAUAUGGUAGAUGAGGAAAAGAUAUCCAAAAAUAGAAAUGACGAUAAGGAAAUCCAGGAUUUAAGAAAUAAUGAUAAGUUUGUAAAUACUCAUUUGUAUGUGGACAGAAAACAUGCAGAAGUGGAUUAUUGGAGAGUGAGAAAAAAAAUAGAUGAACAGUGUGAGAAAGAACUUAGGGAUGAAAAAUGGAAUAACAAAAGAAGAGAGAAAAAUCUGGAAUAUGAAAGUGAAUCGAUUUUUGUAGAUGACGGAAAGACAUUAGUUGUUGAAAAUUACACAUCUUUGAUUUAUGAAAAUUGUGAAGAUAAGAUGAACAUCCUUUUGAUAAAUAAAAAUAUAGUUGAAGGAAGGAUAGAAAUGCAAAUAAAAGGAAAAAAAGAUAUAUUUACAUUACCCUGUAAAUUGUGGGGAAAUGUAUUAAGCUCGUUUUUACCUCAACUUGAGAGGGGAGUAUAUGAUAUAUUCUUUUUUAUUAACAAAGAAAUGAUGAUGAUAAAAUUAUUGACAACAGGAAUGGAUAAUUUAUGUAAAAAUGUUAAAUGUCUCACCCUUCAUGUAAUUGAAAUAAGCAAUUUUGGGCAUGUCUCCUAUGGAAGAAAAGAUAGGUUACCCCAUUACAACAUCAGAGUGAAGAAUAAUGUAUACACAAACAAAGAAUUGCUCAAAUUGUAUAAUGUUUUAUAUAAGAAGUAUAAUCAUAUAUCUAGUUACGAACAAAAUCGAAAUGGAAGAAUAAGAGUUGGAGAAAAUUAUAAACUUGAAACGGAUAGUGAUUCUCAGUUUUAUGAUCUUCUUGCAUCUUAUAAAAAUGCAUAUUCCAAUCAAACGUUAAGCAGUACGGGAAAAGGAAAAAAGAAAAAAAAUUUGAAUCUGAAUAACAUCAAUUUUGUUUCUUCACUAAAUUUUGAACAAAAUGUGGAACAAAGUAGAAUUCCAAUUUUGUAUAAAAAAUUGUUAUAUGAUCAAUGUGAUUAUCAAAAUAAGAAAACAAUUAUGCAUUUCCACACGAAAGUUGUACAAAUAGAACCAACUGGAGGUUUCUGUACGCAUAUCUUCACUCAGAAUGAGCUGCAAGGCGACUAUUCCAUUUUUGCUUUCAACUUGGUCCCUACCUUUCUAGGGAAUGUAAAUAUAUGGUGCCGUGAAGCUUUCCCUGUGAAGAGUAUGAAAAAAGAAAAAAAAAACUACCUCAGCAGUUUACUAAUCUUCAGAUGUGAUAAUACAAGUUGUUCUGAUAUGAGGUUUUGGAAAUAUGUCAAAACUAUUAAGUGUGAAAAAAAUGACAUAGCGAAAUAUUUUUACAUCAACAAGAGAGAUGGGGUAAUAACGGAUAUGGUGCAAUGUCCUGUACCUCCCGAAUUAAUUAAUAAUAAAAACAUUUUUAAAAAAUAUUCUCAAGGGAUCAAAAUUUCAGAACAAGUUAGUAUAUUUUUCGAAAGGUGGGAUGAUGAUGUAUUGCCAAUUCGGACCUUCAUAAGAACAAAAGUAGACGAUAAAUUGUAUUAUACAAAAAUAAAGGAACUAACUGAUUCGAUUAAAAAAGAGAGGGAAAAUAUUUUAUCAUUCGAUGACUUUUGUGAGAAAAAUCAAGAGGAACUAACACCUAGACAGAAAACAAAUCUGCAUGCAAAACAAAAUUUUAUCAAAUCAGUUGAAACAGAAAAAAAUGAAAAUCGGGAAAAUUUGGAGAAAAAUUCUUCCCUCCCCCAGAAUGAUAAUCAAAUGAAAGGCAUUACUGGAAAGGGACAAAAAUGUCCGACCAUUGAAUACUUACAUAACAACUUUGUCUCGUUUGUAAUCAUACUUAAUGGUAAAAUAUAUCACAGUGUUAUUCCAAUAAGUAAUUUUCUCCUUCUGUUUGUGGUUAACUACUGGAUGCAUUUCGUUGAUUCGUCACAAUGA